AUGUUUUCUAUUCUUAUUGUUCAAUUUACGAUAAUUAGUGCAACGUAUACAUAUAUUGCAAAGAAUGAUGGUAAUCUUGAUGGUAUUGAAGUGAAUAAUAUUCUUAGGUUGGUUAAUAUAAAAUUCACAAUCUCAAUUCACAACGAACUGCGGAGGUGUAGCAAUGUUAGGUGGAAUAAGCUCAUUUAAUGAAAACACAGUCAUUAAAAGAAUUUUUAGUGGUUUGCAACCCCAUUAUUAACUGAGGUUAGAUUUCUGGAUUUGGAUGUAUUUCUAAUAAUUUACAAUAGUAUAGAUGCAUCCUCAAUUACAGAUAUAGAAGUUUAAUUGGAUUAAGAGGAUUAUGCAUAAUCUGUAUCUUCGUAAGUUAUUGAAUAAUCAAAUUAUUGUGGGUUGACAAAUCAAAAUGAAACUAUUAAAUUGGUUUCAUUUACAUUAGGACAUAAUAUUGUUUAAGCAAUAGUGUUUGUUAAAUUUAAAUAUCAUGAAUAUAAUCGAGUAAUUAAUUGAAAUACACUAGAUCUAAUGGGGAAUGUAAUAGAUGCAAUUAAGCUUAGAUUUGUGCUCAAUUGAAUGUUCAUAUUGCACCGGCCCUUUAAAAUCUGAUUGCUAGACCUGGCAAACUAUGAAUCAUAGAUUUCCUCUUGGUCUUUUCUCGAAUAAAAUUAUUUUCAAUAGUUAAAUUAAUGAAUUUAGUUAGAAUUAUGAAUGCUAAAAAUGUGACUCAAUCCUCAUUUUAGAUUUAGUUCAAACAACCAUAACCACUCCUAUUUUAAGGUAAUCAGAAAUCUUUAUAUCAUAGAUAAAAUCUUUCAUUUCAUAAUGAUAUCAUUUUUGAAGUUUACAAUAAUGGGACAUUCAUAAUUCAUUUGAUUCAGAAAUAUGGAAUAGCGGAAUUCAAUUUACGACUAUAUUCAAGGUGGGAUCAAGAUACUCAAUAAUUACUAUUUUAAUACUAAAUAAAUUAUCACUUGGAGGAAACUUUUUUUCCAUUUAUAUCUGGUUGUUAGGAUUAUUUUGAUAAGGAGUGUCUAUAAUGUCUGCAAGGAUGGGAACUUAAUCUAAUAGAGUAAUUGUGUUACCCUGUUUGUGGAAAUAACAAAAUUGAUGGAUAUGAAGAAUGCGAUGAUGAUAAUUUUAGUCCUUUUGAUGGAUGUUUUGAAUGCAAAUAUUAAUGCAUUAAACAUUGCGACGAGUGUAACUAUGGAAUUUGUGAAAAAUGUGAAUUUGGAUAUAAAUAUGAUGAAAAGAGGAAACUAUGUUUACCAAUUUGUUAAGAAGGGGUAGUUCCAGUUACUGAGAAUUUCUGUGAAGAUGGAUGUUGUGUUUGUUAAAUAGGAUUUUAGUUGAAGAAUGGUGUGUGCAAUCCUAUAUGUGGGGAUAAAAUAGUGUUACCAGAUUUAGAAGAAUGUGAUGAUGGCAAUAAUAAUAGUGAAGAAUGUCAUGAAUGUAAAUUAGUUUGUGAGGAAGGAUGCGAAAUUUGUGAAAAAGGUAUAUGCAAAUUGAAUUGUCAAAAAACUUAUGGAAUUGGAUUUUAUUUUGUAGACGAAAAUUGCAAAUAAAUAUGUGGAGAUUCUAUAGUUACAGCAUUUGAAGAGUGUGAUGAUGGUAAUGACAUUGAAUUUGAUGGUUGCUUUAAUUGUAAAUACUCUUUUGAAUAAAAUUUUUUGGAUUGCAAAGGAGGCUAGUGUUCUCAAUAUCAAAGCAGUUGUGGUGAUGCUAAAUUAUAAGACUAAGAAGAGUGUGAUGAUGGAAAUAAUGAUUUAUUAGAUGGCUGUUUUAAUUGUGCUGUAGAACCUGGUUGGAGCUGCAUUUAAAUAUUGCAAAAAAAUACUUUUUGUAAGAUAAUUAACCCUCCUUAAUUAAUUUCUAAGUUCUUAUCUAUAUAAAAUAACAAAUAAUUAGUUCUUUUGUAAUUUUCAUAAGAAAUAAAAGUACUCAAAGGAUGUAAUCUAACUGAAUCUUUGGUCUUCAACAUCCUUAAUAUUUCAAACUCUGAAUAUCUAUUGACAUAUGUAGAGAAAGAAGAGCCUUUAGAAGGAAAAGUUUAAGAGGCUUAUUAUAUAAUAUAAAUUGAAAUUAAUACCUAAACUUUAUCUAAACCACUCUUAAUUAUAGAUUUAAAUGCUACUAUUCUUAAUAAUGAUAAUGAGAAGAUGCAAUAAUUGUAAUAUGAAUUACAACUGGAGUUUUCAUAAUAUUUAACACCAAAAUAAAGAGAACAAAGCAACAAAAUCAAAAAUAUUAAUUCCUUUUUCAUUUAUGGUCAAAUAGCAAUUGGAGGUUGUUUUUUCCUCAUAGGAUAACCAGAUAUUCUUUUUAAAAUGUUGGACGUUUUACAAUAAUUUUCAUAUCUUAGAUACCUCAAAGUUACUUUUCCUAUAAAUUUAGAAAUUUUCUUUCAAAUAAGCGAUCAAAUAACUUUUUCACUACUUUAUGAAUUAAUCAACUUUGAGGAAAUUUUAAAUUAAUUUGUUCCACUAAAUUAUAUGAGUCCCUCAUUGGGUAAAUUCCUAUAAUAUGACUAAAAUGCAGAUUUGUUAUCAAACAUCAUCCCUUAAAUGAUUUAAGGUUUGAUUUUUAUUACUAUUUAUAAUAUCUAAGAGUUUCUUUUACAGAUUUCUUUACUAAAUUAUGAUGAAUAUAAAAUUGUUUACCUGCUUGACUUUUUUGCAAUCUAAAAUCAACUCCAGUUUUAUAUUGCGAACAUAUUAAUAAUUAUAUAAAGUAAGCAGAUCCUUAAUUAAAGUUCAACAAUAUCAUUAUAGUUAAUAGAUAACCAAUUUAAUGAUUAUUAAUGGUUGGGAUCUUAUUUUCAAGUGUUUUCUCUACUUAAAAUCAUUUGAAAAUUAUUCAAAUAGAAAACUCAUUUCAAUUGUUCUUGCUAGUUAAAUCUUAGCUUUUUAUGGAUAUUUAAUACUUAAAUCAAUGGGUAUAGGUACAAUGAUUAUGAAAAGUCAUAAGUGCUAAAAUCUUGAAUAACGAUUCGUAGCAUUUGAUUUAAUUAAGUAGAUUAUUCUGCUUUAUGCUUUGAUUUUCAUUGAUCAGAGUGAAAUUAUCCAAAUAGCUAUAUUGUUCGCUAAUUGUUUGAUCUCAAUGCUGAUAAUUUUAAAGAAAAAAAGAAGCAAUCUGUAAUUAAAUAAUUUUAUUUCAAUAAUUUUGUCAGAUGGAUCAAUAUUAUUAUUUAUCUUCAUUUGCUUAAUAUAUACCAAAGAUUUUCCUAUUUAUUUUUCAGUUGAAAAUAAAAUUAUUACCGGGUGGAUUAACAUAUUCCUUUUAUCGUUUAUUAUAGCACUACCAAUUAUAAACCUUGCUAAAGAUUUUUCCUUUUGGAUGUAUAAACAAUUGCGGGAAAAUGGAAAAUAAAAAAAACAGAUACAUCGCUAAAUUUUAUUGUUUUGA